AUGAAACUCAGCUCUCCAGUCCAUUCCCCAACAGAGAUUUAUGAUAAAUUACACGAUUAUAACAUUAGCAGUCAGAUUACAAACUACGGCCUAUACAGCCAAAUUCACACAGCUUAUCAUCGCAUACAUCGCAUACCAUUAGCAGUUAAAAUCAUUUCAAAAAAUAGAAUCGCUGAUCUCCCUAAAAAGGAGCGCAUUUUAUUCAACGAAACUAUUCUCUCGCCAUUACUAGACCAUCCAAACAUCAUUCACGUAGAAGAAAUUAUCGAAAACAAUUCUAAAAUUUUUCAGUUUAUGCAAUUCGCGGAAAAAGGAGAUCUUCUCCACAGUUUACAGAAAUGCCCACCAGAUCAGAAAACUUGCUUUAAAUACGUCGAACAAUUAUUAGCUGCAGUCGAAAGAAUUCAUUCGCUUGGUAUUGUACAUAGAGAUAUCAAACUCGAAAAUAUACUUAUUACUUCAAACGAUGUUCUUAAACUUUCAGACUUUGGCUUGGCUUCUAUCACAUGUGAUGGAAUCAUGAAGGACAACUGUGGAUCUUACGAGUAUUCUGCUCCUGAGGCUAUAUCUCAUGCAGAGUUCGAUGGAUUCAAGGCUGAUAUGUGGGGAGUCGGUAUUAUAAUUUAUGCCCUCUUCCAGAAGCGACUUCCGUUCGAGGAUGUUAGGAUGGGAUAUAACUAUAACAAACCGGUUGACUUUUCUCGCAUUCCUGACCCAUUACAAGAACUUUGUAAGAAACUUUUAUCUUUGGAUCCAAAUGAGAGGCCAUCAGCUGAUGAAGCCCGUAGAAUGCUUGGCCAUACACAUACAGUUCCUGUCUUCUCGGCUUUGGCCCAAGAUCCAAGAACAUUCGAUCAAUUUACCGCUUCCAAACUUUGCCAGACAAUUGGUCUUCCGAUCAACGAAAUCAGAGCAGAUAUACAAUCUGAUGAAUUUUCCGAAAUAAAGGUUUUAGCUGUCUUGAUAAACCAGCGUAACCUUAUUCUCAGACCUGCUUCGAGGUCUGUCUCAGAGCCAGCCCACCGUCCUACGCAAUUAUAUGCUAGUAGGUUGAAGGCUGAUGGUUGCGACGUAAUGCAGGCAAUAAGAGAUUAUCUGUUGCCAAAACGUUGCCUUAUUUCUUCGCCUCUUUCCGAUACACCGGAAAUAGUUCUCAAUGGUAAAUACGCAGAUAAACGAGUGUCUUUUACCUGCAACGAUAGCCCUGAUGGUUACUGUUCUAUAGAGAUGUACCCAGAUGAAGGGUCUGAUGAUGUUUGCAAAUCUGUUAUUCACCAUUUAGAAAAAAGCUUUUUUGUUGUUUAA